AUCGUCAGCUGCGAUUUCUUCUAAUCAUCAUCAAAAUCUUCACAGCGUGUUUGUAUAUGGAAGUUUGUUAGCAGAUGAUGUUGUGAAAGCGUUAUUGAAUCGUGUCCCUCAGAAUUCUCCUGCAAUCCUUGACAAUUUGUAAAGUCUUCUUUUUCGCUCUCCCUCAAAUUUCACCUGUUUGAAUUUUUUUUACUUUACUGAUUCUUAAUUCUUUCAAUUUGUAGGCUUAAAAUUUUCUUAGAGUAUUUUCUAUCUGAAAAUCAGCCUUUUAAUUUCGGACUUAGACAUACAAUCUUUUGUACAGAAAAUCCUAGACUCAAAUUUAAGAAAAUUUCAUUGAUGUUCAACAAAUUUUGAUGAAUUAUGAAGAUGGCAACCAUCAUUCGAUGAAAGAUUUUCGCACAGGGAUUGAGAUUACCUUAUGAUUGUUCAUAGGGUUGCGUUGACCCAUUUAAGGUUUCAUUUUUCUUUUGUUUGGUUUGGGAUUAUUGGGUGUCUAAAUCUUCUUAGAAUACCGGCUAAACCCUGAGUAUUGCGUUCUUUUGUUGAUCAUGGCAAAGAGUAUAUUACUGGUAGUGGACUUAAGAGUGGUCAUGGCAACGCAACCUGAGAAUAUUACUGGUAGUGGACUUAAGAGGGAGGUUAGUAUAUGACCUUGAAGGUGCAGAGAGACGAGUUUCUCUCAUGUAAGUUUCCAAGAUAAGCGAAUAAUUGUUGGAACUUGGAAGUUUGGCUUGAUAGUGGAGAUGUUCAAAGUAAGUAAAAGAUUUAGCAUUGAAGGACGUAUUUAUCCUGCAAUUCUGCCAGUAGAGAACGCACAAGUCAAUGGGAGGGUUCUCUUGGGUAUCACUGAUUCUGAAUUAGAUCUUCUGGAUAAAGUUGAGGACGUAGAAUAUGAGAGGAGCACUGUUAAUGUUUCUCUGAUAGAUACUUUGAAGAGGAUGCAAGUCUACACUUAUGUUUGGGUUGAUAAAAAUGAUCCACGCUUAGACGGAGAAUGGAAUUUUGAGGAUUGGAAGCGGUUACACAUGAAUGAUCUUCUUAAGAUUACGACUGCUUACAUGGAAGAGAUAGAAGGCACGGGCUCAAAAUCAAGGAUGGCUAUUUCUGAGUCUUUCUUUCAGCAGAAAGCCGAAGAGUAGAAACGUUCACUACUUCUGAUGUCAUUUAUACGCUCCUUAAUCUUUUGUAAAUACAUAGGACAAUCUUUUCUUGAAUAAUAUGCUUGCUUGUCGGCCCUUGCUUUGAUCCAUGUGCAAAAAGACUAUUCGUGCAUUUUGUGUACCAAACAGUGUGUAGGAGGAAGUCGGGAGGUGUUACUUAUAGACAUGAAAGAACCCACACAUGAAUCCAGUUUCAAUCUGUCAUACAUAUAGGAAGGUGCAGUGCGUACCCACACAAUUAUUCGCAGUGGGAAUCAUCUUCGUAGAUCUCCUCUCUUUAGUUGGGUAGAGCCAACUUAAUUUGCUGAAAUGUAAGUCACUGGGUUGGGUUCUCCUUCAAUGAAAGCAAACCUAGCUGAAGCUGGAGCCUUCAAUUUGAUGUCAAUUAUCAUACAUCUGGUUCUCCUGGGAAUAGAAGUCUGAUACCCAUUGCCACUUCAGAGGUAGAGUAAUUUUUUUUUUUUUUUUUUUGGUUGAAUGUAUGCUAUGCCAUAUUUUGGAAUGUUAGGAAAAAACAUGAUGAAUGA